AUGAUUCCUGAUCUUCAAAGUUAUUACUCCUCUAACUAUUCUAAAUGCAAUUUAUCGGAUAAUUACCUUGUCACGUGGGAAGGAUUAGCAUAUCCCGGUCAUAUAAUUCAAGUUGUAGCAGCUCCAAUUCAAAUAUUCACUUUUUAUAUUAAUUUGGAAAAGACACCUUCGUUUAUGAAAACUAUAAAAUGGCCAUUGUUAAUCAAUCAUUUUUGUUCUACCUUAUUUGAUUUUAUGAUUUGCACUCAUUUUUUCAUUGGAAUCAUCAUUCAAACUUCAAUUCCAUUAUUAACUAUCAUCAUCCCUCCACUUAUCUUAAUAGCUCAAGUUUUGACUGAUAAUUACAAUCAAGGCCUUAUGAAUUUGGGAAUGAUAUUGUUUGGACUAAACGGAUUGAUUGAGAGUUCAGAGAUUCUUUUGGUUUAUCAACCUAAUUGGAACGCAGUGAAAACCAUUUUGAAUUUUAAAAAAACCCAAAAUCCAAACUAUACCAGUUCGAGAAGUUUAUGCAAGUUCGAGCAUUGGAAGGAAUUAUCAAGUCGCAGAAACGUCAUGGAAUGA